GAAAAAAUGCACAUGGGGAUUUUUUUGUUGGGGUAAUCUUACGAAUUAUUUCUUACUAGGACUUGCGCUGAGUUGCUACAUUGAUUCUUUCAAAAACACGUAUUUUCAUCAAAAAGUCGUAGGAUUACACGGAGAUGUACAAAACUGACAAAAGUCAGUGGAAUUGAUGAUUUCACUUGAACUAGCAAAGAACGAAAAGGUAACGGCAUGAAGACGGAGCAGUUGGCCAGGUGCAUUUUUUACAUCUUACUGAUCAUUGUGUGCAGUACCAAACCAGUGUUAAAAUAUAUACCAGUAUCACUUCAGUAUGCCACUGAACAUCUGUCAUGGCACCUUUGGUGCUGUGUUGUGUUAGGCCUAUUGAAAAAAAAUCUCACAAACAAGAUGGAUAUAAAUGUAUGGACCAGUCUUUCGGAAAAUCCUCUUUAUGUGCAGUGAACUGUAACGUUUUUUCCAAUACGAAGAUAAUCAAACAUUUUCACCCUAAGCACAGGAGACAUAAACACUUACACGUUCUAGGAAUUCAUAUUAUUCAAUACAAAAAGGACAUCUCCUUUUCUUUUCAUCGCAAAAAACGACUAAAACCGACCUUUAUGUAGAUAUUCCUCAAAUAUUGUUGGGUCAUUAAGUGGGAUAUUCCAGUAUAAAUAUAAAUAUAUAUAUUAAAAUGGCUAGUUCUGGUGAUAACGUGAACAGUCUUUCACUUAAUUCAUAUUUUGAACGUUUGCAAAAUGGACUUCCAUUUGCUCCUGGUGAAGAAAUGCAGUAUGAAGCGCUGAGGGUCAGUUCGUUUAAAAACUGGCCUGUCACUGCACCCGUGGGAGCAACACGUCUUGCCCGAGCAGGAUUUUAUUAUUCUGGGGAAGGUGACAGGGUCAUUUGUUUCUCUUGCAAUGGACGUUUGCAGAGCUGGAAACCCGGGGACAAUCCAGAGUCGGAACACAGGCGGCAUUUUCCAACAUGCGAUUAUAUCAAAGGGCUGAGCAACAGGAACGUGCCAAUAUUAACAACCCCUGCUCCUGGUGCUGGUCAGGCAGCUUUGGAGGAAGAUAGAGGGGCUGUCGGCGGCAUGUCCUUUACUGUGCAAGGAGGGAGCAAUUCUGAAGACAAAUCUACAAACACAGCACAAAAUAGAGCUGCCCCAGAUGGGGUCAGAACAUCAGUAUACAAUAAUCCGGAGAACAGCAGUAGCGAUUCUUACUACCGCCAAAGCACGUGGGCAAGAUUAGAGACGUUUGUCAAUUGGCCACAUAGCGACAUACACCCGCAGACUGUGGCAGAAGCAGGGUUUGUAUUCACUGGAAGAACAGACACCGUGCGAUGCGUGUUUUGCCAGGGGAAGAUGUGUAACUUUGAAACCGGGGACGACCCAAUGGCUGAACACCGCCGACAUUUUCCACUUUGCAGCUUUGUCAACCAGUCGAAUUUGCAAGAAGAUGGCACCACUGUUAUCGCUAACGAAGCCCUGCUUGCGCUUUCAGAGGAGAGCCCCAUAGUGUUUGAAAGGCCAAAGAACCAACAGUUUGCCAUUGAGGUUAACAGAGUUCAGUCUUUUACCGAUUGGCCAAGAGACAAGUCCCAGACUCCUGCAGAACUGGCACACGCUGGAUUCUUUUAUGCAGGCUACGAUGAUAAAGUUAAGUGCUUUUUCUGCAAUGGAGGGUUAUGUAAUUGGGCACAAGGAGAUGAUCCAUGGGUAGAGCAUGCACGCUGGUUUCCUAAAUGCGGGUUUGUCAAACAGUGUAAAGGCGUAGACUUCAUUAGGGAUAUCCAAGGGAAAGGAAAAUCAUCGCCUACCAAGGGAAUAACCAUGGAAUCUGCCAUGACGUCACCUGCUGUUCGCUCAGUUCUGGGAAUGGGCUUUGAUGUUGCUGUUAUUCGGCAAAUAUUGGAAAAAAUGUUCAAAGAAAAAGGGCCAGAACCUCCCAGCGCUGAAGUCAUAAUAGAAGAACUAUUUGCCCUGGAAGAAAAGGCCAAAAAGGAGGAUAAUCAAAUGGAAGGGACUUCGCAACAGCUCAUCUCUGAUUCCGAGAACCUUGCUGGAAGUGAUAAUGAUAUUGACGAUGGUGAUGACGAAAUAUCAGUAAUGCGUCGUGAAAAUCGAGACCUGAAAGAAAGAAGACGUUGUUUCACCUCGUCCUGUACUGAAGAUGCAACCGUUCUAUUUCUGCCUUGUGCCCAUAUUACUUGCUGCAAAAAUUGCGCUCCAAAUGAAAGGAAUUGCCCACGAUGUUCAAAGAAGAUAGCUGCAACCGUGAAUACGUUUUUUGUGUAGUUUCCAGAUUGCUUAUGAUCAAGUGCGGGUACUGAAUUGAGAUUGUGAAUAAUAAAAAAAAAAACUGAUUUGAGAUUUUAAAUUUAGUUUAAGUGCCAAUUUACGAUUCACCAUAGUGCGGUGUAUUUAACCGAUCGUAUAAGGACUGCAUUUCUGAUCUGUAUUACAUUCUUUAUUUUAUCUUUUAAUCCUAGCAUACAUUAUAUAUUUAAAGACAUUUUAUUGAGUUAACUGCUAUAUUAAGUCACCUGCAGUCCAUUUAGCUCUGGAAAUGAGUUUCGGAUGUCGCUGUUUGACGAACUUGUUCCAUUUCCAUUCUAAAAAAUAUUAGUCAGAGACAAAAAUUAAUUGCAAAAUAUGUUU